AUUAAUUUCAAAUCAUCUGCGGAAUCGCCUAGCGACAUGACGUUAUUUAAUUGCAAAUUAAAAUUUUUAUUUCAGAUUUUAAUUUCUUUGAUUUUGUUACUGAUUUUUAACGAAUAUAUCGUGUAUUUUUUAGUCCUGUUAAAAUGUCAGUGGCCCACACUAACAACCUCAAUCAAAUCUUCCUCAUCCGUCAGCAGCGUGUACUCUGGCGAGUUUUUAAAAGUUAUGAUCCUGGCAGACGUUCAUCUUCUCGGGUCCCGAGAGGGUCAUUGGUUUGACAAACUAAGAAGGGAAUGGCAGAUGGAAAGAUCAUUCCAAACAUCCAUGCUAGUACACGACCCUGAUGUUGUUUUUAUAUUAGGUGAUUUAUUUGAUGAAGGAAAAUGGUGCUCCGAUGCUGAAUUCCAGUAUUACGUUAAUAGAUUUCGAUCAAAAUUUUCCACUCCAGAACGAACGAGGCUGUACGUUGUUGCUGGCAACCAUGAUAUGGGCUUCCAUUAUGCUAUAGAUGAUCACAAGAGGAUGAGGUUCAGUAAGCAUCUGUCAUCACCACUUGUCCAGUUGCUGAUUAUCAAUGGAAAUGCAUUUGUACUGCUGAAUAGCAUGGCGUUUGAAGGGGAUAGAUGUAGCAUGUGCACAAAGGCUGAAAAUGAACUCAAUGACAUCAUCAAAAAAUUCAAGUGUGCCCAAAUUAAUGGAGACGAUUGCAUGGGAAACCAGGUGACCUACAAUCCACCAAUCAUAAUGCAGCACUUCCCACUGUACAGGGAGUCAGAUGCCAACUGCAGCGGUCCAGACUCCAGUCCUGAGGAUGAAAAAUUUAUGAUGAUGAAACCGAAAUGGGACUGUCUGGAUAGGAACAUUUCUAAUAAGAUACUGACGAGUUUGAAGCCCCGCCUCGUUUUCUCAGGUCACACCCACCAUUUCUGCCUGACACACCACAACAGAAAUCAGACACCUGAGUGGACUGUUCCCUCAUUCAGCUGGAGGUACAAAAAUCUCCCCAGCUUUCUCAUGAUGUCACUAACGCCAACGGCCUACGACAUAAGCAAAUGCUACUUGCCGACGGAAAGUGCAGUCGUCAGCACGUACAAAUAUGGAGUGGCCGUCAUCUUCGUCUUCUUCCUUUUAUACAAAAAAUUCAACUGGUGUCACAGGAAAAGUGCGAAUAAAUUUGGUUGAAUGAGGUCACGAUCAAUUUUCUUUGUUUUAUUAUUUUUAUUUAUUUAUUAACACAACAUUAUAGGUUUUUGUUAUUAAAACUGUCUAUCAUUGUUACUGUUAUUAUUGUCAUCUGUUUAUGUAUUUUAUUUUAAAGUUAUUGCAUAAGAACAUUAGGUCUGUGUUCUUUUGUUUUUAAAUGACCAAAUUCACACGAAUUAUUAAUUAUAUAUUAAUUAUUAUAUUAUAUUAUCAUUAUAAUUAUACAUUGAUUGUAUAUUGUUUUCAUUUCAUAUAACCUUUCAAUGUGUUUAAUUUAAAAAAUUUUAUCUGAUAGCAUUGUGCAAGCAACUGCGUCUGUAACAAAAAUCACAACAUUACAGUCAGUAUAUAAUUAUGUACGAUUAUAUAUAUAUAUAUAUAUAUAUAUAUAUGUAUACAUACAUACAUAUAUAUGUAUUUAUAUAUAUAUUUAUGUAUAUAUAUAUAUAUAUCAUUUAUAACAGUUUGAUUUUUUGAACAUAGACAUACUUGGUUUUAUAGCUAUUGUUGCUGUUGUUAUUAAUCAAAUGAAUGAUUGUAAUCAUCAAAUAAACUGCAAAACAGAAAGAUGCAUUAGCACGAAACAAAAUAUCGUAAUAAAAUUACAAAAAAAAUAUAUAUAUAAAACCAAAGACCUACCCUCAAAUUUAUCGUGUGUGUGUCUUUGUGUCUGUGUGUGUGUGUCUGUGUGUGUGUGUCGUCGCGGCGUUAUAAUUAGAGUUAAGUGCCUUUUAUAAUCAUGAAUUGAGGUGGCACGGCAGGUAGACAUUAUUGGAUGAUUUGAAAAAAUGAAUGGCGGACUGAAAUAGUUCAACUAACUGACUGACUAGACGAAACCAUUCGUCAUUUUACAAUUAAAAAGUGAUAAACGAACGAAUACAUGUCAAUAUUUGCGUGUGUAUAUACAUACGUACGUGUGGAAGUAAUUUUAAAAAAUUAGCAUUAUCAUCGCGCCAUAGAUAUUACAAAUCGAUACUGUUGUUUGUUAGGAAAAUGAAAAAAAAACUCAAUCAAUAAAUCAAACAUUAUUUAUUAUCAUUUGUUUUGAAAUUUAACGGUCACAAACUAAUGUUUGAUGUUUGUUUUGUUCGGAUGUUGUUUGCUUUAAACUUUGUUGGCAUGUGCAUUUCAGUAGCAGCUGUUGUCAUUUCACAGAACCAACGGAUAACCAGCCAACCAACCAACGAAUCAAUCAACUGACGAAUGAGCCAAGGAUCCAAUCGCAGCAUUGGUAUGGUCCAGUGGUAGCCAGCUUUGGCUUGAUCCAUCCAGUGACCAUGGAGUCUGUUGUCAUAGUAGCCGAACUGUUGACCGGAGCCAACAACAUCUCUCUGAAGAUGAACUGAGUGGGUGACGCCGUUAUAAUGACGUCACUGUCGUUUAAUUCGUUCAACGACGGAAGUGUGGCUGAUGACGACGACGAUGAUAUGUUCAGUGACGAUGACGUUGAAAACGAUGGCUCGGUUGAUGAUGACGACGAUAGUAAUAGUUGUGAUAGAGACUGCAGAGAUGAUGGCGGUGAUGGUAAUGAUGAAGAAAGUUGGUGUAAUGAUGAUAAUGAUGAUGGAGGUGAUGAAGAAAUGGAGGAAUCAACUGCUGCCAUUAACUCCAGUGAAACAUUAUCACUCGGAAAAGAUGAUGAUGGUGAUGUAAGUGCAGACGAUGACGGUAAUGAUGAGAGGCAAUCUAUCUGGCAAAUGGCCAAGUUUGAGAGUGAUGUUUUCGUUUCAAUUAGCUGUGAACAUGCUGGCAGGGAUGAGGUCAGUAACGGUGUCGAUGAUGAUGAUGGCAAAAAUGAUAAUGAUGAUGAUAAAAGUGAUGAUGGUGAUAGCAAAAAUGAUGAUG